AUGGUUGCCGCACUCCGAACCGCCGCUGCAUCGCUCGUCCGAGCUCGUGCACCUCUGGCCAUCGCCCGCCAGGCCGCCCCCAUGGCUCGUGCUGCCGUUGUUGCUCCUCGCUUCACACCCGUCCGCUUCUACGCCGCUUCGGCAGGUCUUUCCAAGAGCGACAUCGAGAGCAGGAUCCUCGACGUGCUCAAGACCUUCGAGAAGGUUGACCCCAGCAAGGUCUCCGCCUCGUCGUCCUUCACCUCGGACCUCGGCUUGGAUUCCCUCGAUGCUGUUGAGGUCGUCAUGGCUAUUGAGGAGGAGUUCACCAUUGAGAUCCCCGAUGAGGAGGCUGACAACAUCACCACCGUUCAACAAGCCAUCGACUACAUCGGCAAGACCCCCGAGGCCGUGUAA